AUGAGUCAGGACCAACAAGAGGCUCAUAAACGUGAUAUUGAACAAUAUUAUUCUUCAUUGAAAACUUUUUUUGAUGUUACCGGGGUUCAACAACUUAAUAGAGAAACAUCACCAAGAGCUCAAAAGGCAAGAAGUAAAUUAUUAAAAUUAUCAUUUUCACAAUUUUAUGAAUUAAGUACAGAUGUUUCAGAUGAAUUAAAAAGAAGAAUUAAUGAAGAUCAAAAUAAACCUGAUUAUUUAUUACCAAAGGCAAAUUUUCAUAUGAAAAGAAACCAAGCAAGACAAAAAUUAGCAAAUUUAUCCCAAACAAGAUUUAAUGAAUUAGUUGAUGAUAUCUUAUUUGAAAUUAGAAGAAGAGGAUUUGAUUCUUAUAAACCAUUAAAUAAAAAUCAAGAUUUAUCAUUACAAAUAUCAAAUGAUUCAUCUUCAAUUGAUAACAAUGAACCAAUAACAAAUAAUAUUUCUGAAAUUGUUCCAGAUAGUAAUGUAAUAAAUAAUAUUAAUAAAGAAACCAGUUCAAUUGGAAGAGAUUCAAAUGGAAGUCAAAUACCAGCAACAACAACAUCAAUUCAACCAUCUUUAGUUAUACCAAAAAAAGCAUCAAUUGAUUGGUCUUCCUCUGAAGAAGAUGAAGAAGAACUUCCUGUUGCUACAACUGCCACCAAUGCAGCAAAUGAUGUUAUAAUAUCAUCCACACAUCCACCAUCAGUAGAUAUAAAUGAUGAUACUCCUUUUGGUCUUGAAUUAAAACCAUCAAAUAUUUCAGAAUCAUCUGAUUUAAAUAACACUUUACAAAAAGAUAAUGAUAAUGAUGAAUUUGUUACUCCAAUACCACAAAACAAAACUCGUAAUUUUAAUCAAAAUGAUGAUACAAUUGAUGGGGACUUAAAUGAUGUUAGUCAUACAGGUACUUUACAAGAAAAACUUGAAACUACAUUUGGUAGUAUGAAUGAUCCAACAAUAAAUAUUCCUACACCUGUCUUACAACCAUUAAGUAAAAACAUUUUACCAUCCGAAUUAACCACUGGUAAAGAUUCUGAACCCAAGGAAUCUGAACCUGAACAAUAUAUGGAACCCUUACCAGGAAAUGAUACCUCUAUUGAGACACCUGUAGAAAAAGAUAUUAUUGAACAGAAAAUUAAUUUUGACCCUGUUACAAUGAAAAAUAUAAAUUUACAAGAUGAUGAUAGUAAUAGUAUGUCUCCAGUUGCACCUACCCCAAUAAGUUCCACUCAUAGACAAAGUGAAUUUAUGAAUUUGAAUAGUGAAGUCCGUAACUUAUCCAUUGAAAACGAAAAUUUAAAGCAAAAAAUUGCAGUAUUAGAGAUGGAAUCAAGGUUUAAAUAUAAUCAAAAUAAUAACAAUAAUGAUAAAUCGAAUAAUAUGCAACUGAAUGAUCAAAAUUUAUUAGAUUCUGAUCAAAUACUCAAAUUUAUUAGUCCGCAAGGUAUUAUACCAUUGGAUCUCAUUACCCAACUGAAUGAUAAAAUCAAAUUUUUUUUUACUGUUAUACAGUCUCCGGAAAACAGUAACAGUGACUCUAUUGGUGAUAAGUUAUUUAAAGUGUUAGGGCAUACUUCCAGCAUAAUUUCUCAGAUAUUGACGCUUGUUGAUAUUCCAACUUUCAAAGAUCAAGUUCUUUUAUUGAAAGCAUCCUUUUCGCAUUUAAUAUCCACUGUUAGAUAUUAUUCUUUAUACCACGCUCUGUUACCCAAGAUUAUAAUUUAUGCAGCUGUCACCGAAUUAGCAUUUGCUGCAUGUAAUAUAAUUGAGGUUACUCAUAUAAAACAAACUGAUGAUUUAAAAUUACUAGAGAAAAAGGAACUCGCUAUCGACAUUCCAACCUCAAAUGACUUAAACAACUCAGUAUCUGGAUCUACAUCACCUUUACCAAUUAAUUUAUCCUCGAGAGAUGUAUCAACUCCAACAUUAGCAUCAGUUUAUACCAAUCCAUCUGCCAUUAUGGAAGAGGACAGCGUAAUUGGAGAAAAUUCACCUGUAAAACCACUAAAAAUUACACAAAAAGUUGGUAAUCAAUCACCAAACCUUGUACCAAAGAUAAACACAAGGAUGAGACAACCAUCUGGCAGUGGUCUUUUCUCACUGAUGAUAGACCAAGAACGUAACCAUAGCAAAUCACCAAGUGUUAAUAGUAAUCCUUCCAAUGUACCAGCAGUUCCAUCUUCUUUGAACACUAAGACAACAUCUAAUGAUAGAGAGAAUCCAAAGGAUAAUUCACAAACAGAGGAAGAUGAACCAUCUACUACUGAAACUGUUCCAAAAUUAGAUCAGGAGAAGAAAUUUCCAACUUUAGAGAAACCAGAGCCAACGAAUAACACCAAUUUUACAGAAAACUAUGAUAAAAAUGAAACUAUAGUCGAAUCUUCCACUAAGUCACCUGAAAAGGAAAUUAAUGAUCCAUCUUUAAAUGCCAGAGGUUCUAGAUCAUCUGCUGGAUUAGCAUUGUCUAUUGACAACAUCUUUGGUUCUGAAAAAACUAAUGAUGAUGAACUGAUUAAACAUUCGGAACAAGGAGAAAACCAUGAUUUAAACUCUGUUCCAGAAGUACGCAAUGUAUCGAAUCAAUCUUUAUCGAAAUUCGUGAAUUCUGAAAGUGACGAAAACUUAAGCAAAUCGCCAAAUGCUUUGAUUACUGACUCUGAUAAUGAUGAAACCUUCCUAGCUUUGAGAAAAGUUCAAGAGACUAAAAAACUUGAAAAUGAUAAAUUAAAAUUAGACGAAAAUAUUAAGGACAAUGAAGUUAAAGAUCAAACACAAGACGAAAAAUCAAUAUUUCCUAAUGAAGACGUUGUCGAAGACAAAAAACCUUCAACCACAGAAAAAAAUCCAGAAAAAGUAGAGGCACAAACACCUGUCGAAAGUGCUAGUACGCCUACUUUCAAACCGCUAAAGAUAAACAAGUUAGAAAGUGCAUCAUUAAAAAGAGUGAAUUUGAACAAGGUGAACUUAAAUAACCAAAGUCCUAAACCAACUCCUUCUAGUACUUACAAUAAAGAGCCAGUGAAGGAAACACUAGUCAAUACCCCUCUACCUGUAGAAAUACCGAAGAGACAUGAAUCGAGACUGAGAAAACCAAGUGUAUCAUCUUUGAAUGAAAGUCCAAAGCUUCUUGCACAACCUAAGAUUAAAGAAGAAUUUAUAGAACCAAUUAUCCCAAAACCUAAGGACGAUACGAAUGACAAACCUUUUGAAAAUUUGGCCAAUAACGUUACUGUGAAAAAGGAACCAAUAGAAGGAAAACUAACGUCGAUAACAAAAAAGGAUUCACCUAAGCUACCUAUCCAUGAGGAAGGUGAGGUUGAAGACGAUUCUAGUUAUCAAUUUAUACCAUUAAAAUCAGAUGAUCCAAAUCCGACUUCAUUACCGAAAUCGGAGUCUGAGGAUGAAACAGAAAGUUCCGAUGGUAGUUAUGAAUCUGCUGAAUCUGAAUCUGAAGAAGAUAAUUUUGAUGUUGAUGCAUUCGAUAUUGAAAAUCCAGAUAACACAUUAUCUGAUCUUCUACUGUAUUUGGAACAUCAAACUGUCGAUGUUAUUUCUACAAUUCAGUCAUUAUUAAGUUCAAUUAAGGAACCUCAAUCCACCAAAGGAAGUUUAAGAAGAGAAUCCAAUGCUAUUAAUCAAGUUAUUGGUCAAAUGGUGGACGCUACAAGUGUCUCUAUGAAUCAAAGCCGUAAUGCAAAUUUGAAAGAACAUGGUAGUUGGGUUGUUCAGAGUUUAGAAGAUUGUGCUCGUAGAAUGACUACAUUGUGCCAGUUAGAUAAGGAUGGUAUCCUUAAGAACGAGAAAUCAGACGAAGAUUACGCCGAUAAGAAUUUUAAACAAAGACUAGCUGGAAUUGCAUUUGAUGUUGCUAAAUGCACAAAGGAACUAGUUAAGACUGUUGAAGAAGCUAGCUUAAAAGAAGAAAUUGAAUUUUUGAACUCAAGAAUUCAUUAA